CCAAUUGUGCGUUGUUAAGGUGGUGAGCGUUCAUCACAGUUCUUGCUUCUGAUUGGCUGCUAGCCGUGAUGGACAGCUAGUGUUCCCAACCACGUUUGAACCCGCGCUGGCAAGGGAUUUCCCGCAGUGUGCUGGCGGUGCGGCUGUGUCAGAAGGCUGGUUAGUCUGUAGCGGGACGAGAAGAACAUGACUUCCACACACAACUUCCAGGGGCUGGAGUCCAAGCCAAGCUCAAGAGUAUUAAAACCCCCUGGAGGUGGUUCAAGCUCUAUUUUUGGUGGCUCAGAAGAAACCUCUGCUCCCAGCAGGCAGCACAAGAUGGCUUCCAACAUAUUUGGGUCACAAGCUGAGCCUGAAUCUGUAUCCAAGAGAUCUAAUCCUCCAGGUGGAAAGCCCAGCGGUAUAUUCGAGGAACCAAACCCUAAGCAAGCAGCAGCUCGAGGAAAUCCUUCAGGGGCAAAGGGCAGUGAUAUCUUUGGUGGUGCACAACUUACAACAAGCCCUAAAGCCCAUCCCAACAAACCCAAGGAUAACAUCAAUAUAUUUGAAACUGAAGCUCCAAAGAACAGCACUCCAGUGAAAGCUGAACCCUCACCUGCCAAAACUCAGCAAGAGAAGACCCCUGUUGCUAAGGAAGAGAAAGUUGUGCUUCCAGAUCCAGCUCUUGCUGCACAUGAGCCCCACCUGGGCCCUCGACCACGGUCUCAUAACAGAGUGCUGAACCCUCCCGGGGGCAAGUCCAGCGUUGCCUUUUAUUAAACGCCUCUGUUCAUUGUAGAGACAUUCUCUCUCAGCACGUGUAGAUGACAGACAGGCCUGCUGUGUGUUUAUUGCCGGCCUCUCUCUCAUCUAUGGUGACUUAUAGCUGCAUUAUCACUUGGAGCUAAGUGAUAAUUUGACAAUUGCUACAACGCAGUUCAUAUUGGAAGCAAAACUGGAUUCUUUCUGAACUUUCCCUUUCCUCUUGUUCAAACUCAUUAAUUGGGUGAAAAAUAAUGCUGUCCGUCUAUGGUUAUCAUUCAAGAUAUGUUGCUUUUUAAGUACGGUUAUAAUGCUGGUCCUUGUAGCAGUGUAAGGGGGGAUGAUUGAGAAACUUUAUAGUUCUAUAUACAUUUUAUUUGAAUAAAUAGAAGCGGGUUGUGGAAUUUGAUAGUUAUGUAGGUUAGACCCGAGCAAUUAAGACAGCAGAGGUGAAAAAUAUGGAGGUGUUAUUGUAAAAUUAACUGUUUAUAAUACACAGGAGCCAUGAACAUCUUGUAACGUAUAUAUAUCCUUAUGGUACACAAAAGCCAUGAAUAUGCUGUAAAUUAUAUCCUUAUAAACGGUGA